AUGUCUGCUGCCAGCUGUCUGCUAUCUGAAGAUCAGUUCCUGUGCUCCAUCUGUCUGGAUGUGUUCACUGAUCCAGUCAGCACACCAUGUGGACACAACUUCUGCAAAACCUGCAUCACACAGCACUGGGAUAUAAACACUCCUUGUCAGUGUCCCAUGUGUAAAAAGCCUUUUCCCCUAAGACCUGAGCUGCAUGUCAACACUUUCAUAUCUGAGAUGGCUGCUCAGUUCAGGAAGUCGUCUCAAAAGAAAGCCAGCAGCCACUCAGACCAACAAUGUGCCAAACUAGGAGAAGUUCUCUGUGACGUCUGCACCGGGACCAAACUGAAGGCCCUGAAGUCCUGCCUGGUGUGUCUGGCCUCCUACUGUGAGACUCACCUGGAGCCUCAUCAGAGAAUCACAGGCCUGAAAACACAUCAGCUGAUCGAUCCGGUGGAGAACCUGGAAGGCAGAAUGUGUAAGAAGCACGAUGCACCGCUGCAGCUAUUCUGCAAGACUGACCAGAUGUGUUUAUGUAUGCUCUGCACUUCAGACCACAAGGCACAUGACAUUAUUCCUCUGAAAGAAGAAUAUGAAGGAAAGAAGGCUGAGCUGGGGGAGACAGAGGCUGAAAUUCAGCAGAUGAUCCAGAAGAGACGAGUGAAGAUUCAGGAGAUCAAACGAUCAGUGGAGCUCAGCAGGGAAGAUGCAGAGAGAGAGAUAGCAGACGGUGUGCAGGUCUUCACUGCUCUGAUGCAGUCUGUUGAGAGAGGCCACACUGAGCUCAUUGACAUGAUUGAAGAGAAGCAGAAAACAACAGAGAAACAGGCUGAAGGCUUCAUCAAAGAGCUGCAACAGGAAAUCUCUGAGCUGAUGAGGAGAAGCACUGAGGUGGAGCAGCUCUCACACACUGAAGACCACCUCCACCUCCUCCAAAGCUUCCCAUCCCUCAGUGCUCCUCCACACACCAAGAACUGGACAGAGGUCAGAGUCCAUCGCUCAUCAUAUGUGGGGAGUGUGAGGAGAGCUGUGGCUCAGCUGGAGGAGACGCUCAGUAAAGAGAUGAAGAAGCUGUGUGCUGAUCUUGAGCUGAAGAGGGUCCAGCAGUUUGAGGUGGAUGUGACUCUGGAUCCUGAUACAGCAAAUCCCUUCCUCAUCCUGUCUGAUGAUGGGAAACAAGUCAGUUGUGGUGAUGUAAAGAAGAAACUCCCAGACAACCCAGAGAGAUUCUCUUAUUUUUCCAGUGUCUUAGGACGGCAGAGUUUCUAUUCAGGAAGAUUUUACUAUGAGGUUCAGGUUAAACAGAACAAUGACUGGACUUUAGGAGUGACCAGAGAGUCGAUCAAGAGGAAGGGACAAAUUACACGGAACCCCAAAGAUGGCUACUGGAGAAUAAUAUUUGCAAAUGAGUUCAAAGUUGCUGCCUUCCCUCCUGUCCGUCUCUCUCUGAAGUCUCGGCCUCAGAAGGUGGGGGUGUUUGUGGAUUAUGAGGAGGGUCUGGUCUCCUUUUAUGAUGUAGAUGCUGCAGCUCUUAUCUACUCCUUUACUGACUGUGGCUUCACUGAGAAACUCUACCCAUACUUUAGUACUAGUAAGUCCCCCUUAAUGAUCUGUUCUGUCAGUCAAACAGAUGAGUUAAAUCAUUAGAUUUUCUCCGAAAAGAUUCACAGCUACUGUAUGUAAGCUGAAAGUUCAACAUGUUGUUUGACAAUGUCCAAAUAACAUAAUAAUAAAUAAAAAAUAAUAUAUUGCUAAUUAACAUGUCUGGGAAGAACAUAGAGAAAUAUAUCAUUUAGAUGAGAAAAAUACCAACAAGGAACAACAAGAAAUAAGCUGAACCGCAAUCAAAACAGGAAUUCUGUAAUGGAUAAUCAUCAUCAUCAUCAUCUGCCAUGCUUUAGACCAUAAGUCGCAUGCCAGUCAGUAUUUUUACAUGUACACUUAUUUUCCACUAUUAUCCAUGACAACAUUCCUAAUUUGAUACAGGCCAAGUAAACAGCAAAUUCUGUUUGGGAAUUCUGAAUUAGGCCUUUUUCUGAAGGUAGUGUUUUCUCACUUAAUGCUGUGAGAUGUUUCUAUUAUAAAAAUAAUUAACAUAAUGCUGAAAUUAAGCAUGUCUACUAUUGCCGGGUUAGAAGGUUAGAAAUGAAAGAAAGUCAAGUCAUAAUUUUUUAAAUCCAAUCACCUGUUCACAGUCACUGUUGCUAUGAGCUGAGGAGCUCCAAUACCGCCACCAGAGGGCAGAAUACACCACCUGGAAGUCCUCUGUAGAGUAUGAUGACCUGAUCCUGACAGAUAGAGGAUGUCACUGUAAUCAUGUUCAAAACUGGAUCAGCUGGUGUGUCAGCUGAGUUUGAGAACUUGUGUCAAAGACU